AUGAGUAAAUGCUCUCGUCAAGCUGAGCGCCGAGACACUGCAGGAAGAAGGGUAAUUCGAAAAUGCAAAGCCCUGAUUGAAGGCUUCCGCGAUCCUGAGCUUCACUAUUGCCUUGAACGGUAUUUCCUUCAAUGCGCUCUGUCGCUUGCGCGCGAAUUCGACUCUGCGACCCACGACGAGUUGGCCCACUCGCCAUAUGGCGCGUGUACGCGGCGUAGACUCUCGACGCCUCGUGUCACAGUAUCGAUCGUUCAAUUUUGUUCUGCCCGCUUCACCAAGUCCACACUGCCACUCACCACCGAUUUGUCGCCCCUCCGCCAUUCUCUUCAGCUCGACUUCACUCGUAACAGCAAUGACUCAUCUGCACUAGUGUUCACGUCCUGGGCUUCACCGAGGCCAGCUCAUCUGGCCCACGACACUACUUGCACGACGGACACGACAGACACACGGAUACACGGACACAAUGCCUGCCAGUCUGGUGUUGGGUGA